AGAUGUGAUUUGGAGAAGCCUAGUCUAGGCUUUGGGUACGUUCUGUGGUGAUUCUGUAGAGAGAGGCAGCGAGAAGAAGAGAGAGGAAUUCACUCUUUAAUGAGUGUACGGCUGUGCACGCAGCCAGAGAAAAGAGACUGAGAACGAAGGGAAGGAAGUCAGAAAAAAGUGGGGAUAGAUUUGAAGCACAAAACAAGUAAAAGCCAAGGAGGGACACGGACCGGAGACGAAACAAACCGCUGCAAUUGACAAUCAACCAAAAGAUUGCUAAUUAUCUCCGUUAUUGACGCGUAAACUAGGCUAUUUCUAGGGGAAUUGAUGGUGUCUCCACAGAGCAGAAGUCUAACGGACCUUGCCGAGGGGAGGAAUUCGAAUGCACUCGGCUGAAUCAUGCUGAUGUUGUUGUGGAUAAUAACUUUGGGUAUCAGUUUUAACAAAGUGUGGACUGUGAGGUUCUCUCAGGAGCCAGCAGACCAGUCUGUUGUUCUGGGGGGGCGGGUGGUUCUGUCCUGUGUCGUCUUCAACUACAGCGGCAUCGUACAGUGGACCAAGGAUGGACUAGCACUGGGCAUCGGAGAGGGCCUCAAGGCCUGGCCCAGGUACCGUGUGCUGCGGGUGAUAGACGUGGGCCAGUACAACCUGGAGAUCUCUACUGCUGCUCUGUCUGAUGACUCCCUGUAUGAGUGCCAGGCCACGGAGGCUGCCCUGCGCUCCCGGAGAGCCAAACUCACCAUCCUCAUUCCUCCUGAUGACCCAGUGAUCGAGGGCUUUCCAGAGAUCCUGCUGAGAGCCAAUGCCUCGUACAACCUGAGCUGUGUGUCCCGCGGGGCCAAGCCACUGGCCCUCAUCGAGUGGCAGCGGGAUGGGGUGGCCCUGGAGGGAGCCUUUAGUACCACCGAGGUUCUCCCAGACAGAAAGAGAGUGACGACCCGGAGCUUUCUACCCAUCAUCCCAGAGGACAAAGACACGGGACGCAACUUUACCUGUGUGGCCAGCAACCGGGCUGUCCCCAUGGGAAAACGCACCACCGUCACACUCAACGUCCACCACCCCCCCAAGGUGAAUCUCUCCAUGGAGCCACAGUCUGUUUUGGAGGGAGAGAGAGUCACCUUCUCCUGCCAGGCCACCGCCAACCCCCCCAUCAUGGGCAUCCGGUGGGCGAAGGGUGGUGUUCUCCUGGAGGGGAUGAGAGACAGUGUGUUUGUGACUACAGCAGACCAUUCCUUCCACACCGAGCCUGUCUCCUGCUCAGUCUUUAACGCUGUGGGACACACCAACCUCAGCAUCCUGGUCAACGUACACUAUGGUCCUAUCCUGAAGGGGGCGCCCACGCCGAUUACGGUGGACAUUGACUCUGACGCCAAACUCAACUGCAAGUGGACCGGGAACCCUCCUCUUACACUCACCUGGACCAAGAAGGGCUCUAGCAUGGUCCUCAGUAACAACGAGGAGCUGGUCCUGAAGUCAGUGAGCCAGGUGGAUGCGGGGCAGUACGUGUGUAAGGCCAUCGUCCCCAGGAUCGGAGUGGGAGAGACUGAGGUCACUCUUACAGUCAACGGCCCUCCCAUCAUCUCCAGCGAACCAGUCCAGUACGCAAUGAGAGGGGAGAGAGGGGAGGUCAAGUGCUACAUUGCCAGCACCCCUCCACCUGACAAGAUUGUGUGGGCGUGGAAGGAGAACGUGUGGGAGAAGGAGAAAGGGACUCUGUUGGAGAGGUACACGGUGGAGCAGAGUAAACCUCACUCCCAGGGAGGAGCUGUUCUCUCCACCCUCACCAUCAACAACGUCAUGGAGUCUGACUUCCACUCUCCGUACAACUGCACCGCCUGGAACUCCUUCGGACCCGGGACCAUGAUCAUCACCCUGGAGGAGAAAGAGAUAGUACCAGUGGGGAUUAUAGCUGGUGGAACAGUUGGAUCCUCCAUCCUGCUCCUGAUCUUUCUCUUGGCUCUAGCCUUCUACCUCUACCGCCAACGGAAAGGCAGUCGUCGUGGGGUCACUCUGGGGAAGCCGGACAUCAAGGUGGAGACAGUCAACAAGGAGACACAUAGUCUGGAGGAGGAAUCGGGCAGUGUUUCCACGGCAACGCGCAUGGUCAAGGCCAUGUAUUCCUUUCUACCCUCUGUCUCCCUCUCUCCCUCCACUCAGCCAUUCAAAGACGAUAUGGAUCUGAAGCAGGACCUGCGCAGUGAGCUCGAUACCCGCGAGGAAUACGAACUCAAGGACCCAACAAACGGCUACUAUAACGUCCGUGCGACCACCCACGACGAGGCCAGGCCGUCUUCCCGCUCCAUGCUGUACCAGGGAGAGUUCCGGACCUCCAACCCUCCAGGGGGAGCUACAGGUACUACCUCCAGUGGCCCAGCAGGGGGUCCCGGAGGGGCGGUGGCUGCAGGAGCGGUCCCAGGAGUCCCAGGGUCAAGGGCAGGGUGCUAUGACCCCAGACCUCCAUCCAGGAUGUCUCACACCAACUACCCCCAGUUCAACACCUUCACCAGGGUGGGACCGAGCCAAGUCCCGCCCAACACCAACCACCCCGCCCACCCCUCCCACCCCGCCCAUCCUGCCUCACAGACCACCGACUUCCCCGGAGACUGCGGACUAUUGGACAACAACAGUCAGCUGACCUAUGACAACUAUGGCUAUCCCGCCCAGUACCCUACCUAUCGGGUGGGCUUUGCCCCGCCCCUGGAAGGAGGGCCGGCCUAUGAGGUCUACCCAACUGGACAAGGAGUGGGACCAGGGCCAGUGCAAGGACCAGUCCAAGGCCAAGGCCCAUGUCCGGGUCCUGAAACUGUGCUGGGGAAUUAUGGGACCACCCGCUUCUCUUACACUUCUCCUCCUAGUACUGACUACUCUCCUCCUGGUACUGACUACUCUCCUCCUGCUACUGACUACUCUCCUCCUGCUACUGACUACUCUCCUCCUGGUACUGAGUACAACCAGAGACACACUCAGAGGAUGCAGACACACGUGUGAGAGAGAUGGAUUCUGUAAUACAUAGUGAUGCUUGUUUUCAUACAUGCGUACAUACAUAUAAACACAGACACACACACAAACACACACACACACUUGUUGGAGAGAUACAUUUAUUCUCUCUAUUCUUUCUUUAUCGCAUACAUACACACAAACAAACGCAAACAAUCUGACACAGUUUCUCUCAAUCUUCAGCUCCAAGAGGGGAGACAUGACAAAAGAAAGAGAGGCUGAAAGUUAUUUUCUUAAACUAGGUGGGGAUUCAGCAGAGUUUGAGUACUUACAUGCUAAUUGACAGCGUCCAGAUCCAUCUCUUCUCUAUUGGACUCUCCACCCCUCUCUCUUUCCUCUCACACAAUCUCUGUAUAUAAUAUCAGUGGGGUAGAUCAUUUUAAACUUAGUAUAACCUUGUAUAAACGUACUGUGUACAGAUACAGCUGCUGAACUUUUCUCCUUAUUAUACACCCUCUUACACUCCUUUAAAUUCACAGAAACACACACACACACCCUCUUACACUCCUUUAAAUUCACAGAAACACACACACACACACACCCUCUUACACUCCUUCAAAUUCACAGAAACACACACUUACACUCCGUUAAAUUCCCAGAAACACACACACACCCUCUUACACGUUGACAGAGACAGUGUUGCGUCCCAGCGGUGCUCAGGCAAGGCGACAGCUUGUCCUCCGUAUGUGGAGCUCUUUUUAACAUGCUUCUUCUCCAUGCCGCCACAAACUGCUCCACCGGCAUGGCCUUAGGGCUUCAAGAAGUGAAUGAAAGGGAAAUAUGGGGGUGUCUCCCAAAUUUCACCAUAUUCCCUAUGUAGUGCACUACUUUUGACUAAGGCUCAUUGGGCUCUGGUUAAAACUAGUGCACUAUAUAGUAAAUAGGGUGUCAUUUGGGACACAGACAAAGGCAUCAUGGCAUAACAGCCAUUACACCAAUAUGGCGAUUUGACAUCUGACAAGAUAGAGAAAGAAUGACCUUGUGCUUGACACCUAGAAGGUACAGUGAGGUAACUCUAACCAUGGUAACCGUGAGGUACCUCUCUCCAUGGUAACAGUGAGGAGUAUGUGUGGACUGUAUGGACAAUGAAAUAGGGUUUUGUAUACAGUAUACCACUUACAGUAUGUUGAGCAACCUAUAGGGGAAGAACGGAGCUGUAGCAGGCUUCUUCAAAUGCUUCUUCCUCCUCCUCUGUAUUUUCUAUCUCAUCGCAAUACAUAUCUACCCCACAUUUCACUCAUCUGAGGUCAAUAUGAUGUGUUUGGGAAGCGGGGGAAAGAGCUUUUGUAAUAAAAUGAAUCUUUACAUUUUGUACAAAUUCCCCCCCCCCCCCCCCCCCCCCCCCCCCACCCUCAAAUAGUAUUGUAUGUGUCUCUGUCACUUGCACAGUAGAGUAGAUCUUUCCCCAUAUUUAUACCUAAAUAGAAGAACAAGAAGCAAAAAAAAAACCAACACAUUCAGAAAAGUUUUCUAGUAUUUUUAUAAGGGGUUUGCAGACCAAAGGUUCAGAGGUUUGGGUGACAUUCACUUGUACAAUUCAAUGUUCUGAGGCUUCUGUGUCCAGUUUCAUUCACUGAGUUUCUAUUCUGGUCAUGUUGUUGUUGUUGUUGUAGACUAGGCCUGCGUCCCAAAUGGCACCCUGUCCCCUACAUAGUGCACGACUUUUGACCAGAGCCCUACGGGCUCACUGGCUCACCAUAGAGCUCUUGUCAAAAGUAGUGCACUAUAUAGGGAAUAGGGUGCCUUUUGGGAUGUAGUCAUGAUGGUGUAGUCUUGAAACUAAAGCAUCAAACUUGUAGUUUGAUGCUGGCAAUGGUACACUUUUGAGAUUGGCGCUGAGUGACCGAUGCUGGUACUGUCUGUCCAGUGGCCUGUACGAAUGAUAUAAUAUUUGGUACUUUGCAUUACCCCAUCUGGUAUUUGGCCCAGUGCUCCAUAGUGGUGGAUAUGAAGGCCUACACACAGUGGCUCUGUAGCUGUGGGUAAACUCUGAUCAUGCAAUUCACCAUCAUUAUUUCACUUAGGUACGCUAAUGCAUAGAAUGACAUGUAGAACCCAUACAUAACAUAUUGGAUCUUUGUGCCCUAUUCUCUUUAUAUGGGCUCCCGAGUGGCGUAGCAGUCUAAGGCACUGCAUCUCAGUGCAAGAGGUGUCACUACAGUCCCUUGGUUCGAAUCCAGUCUGCAUCACAUCUGGCUGUGAUUGGGAGUCCCAUAGGGCA